AAGAUCCAGCUCGCGCCCGGGUUCAGCCAGAUGUCGUGGAUGCGGCUCGCGAAGACGCACCCGGACAUCGCGGGUUUAAACGGCGCGUCGCGCAAGAGGAAGAUAUCCAUGGAGGAAGUGAAGACACAUCGCACGGAGGAGGACGGGUGGACGGUGCUCCGAGGGAAGGUGUACCACCUCUCGCCGUACCUGGACUUUCACCCGGGCGGGAGGAAGAUCCUGAAGAAGGCGCUCGGGGAGGAUUGCACCGCGCUGUUCGACAAGUUCCACCGGUGGGUGAACGGCGAGUUCAUGCUCGAGCGGUGCAAGGUGGGGGUGUUAGAC